UGCCGUUGAAAUUAGCAUGCCGUCUCUGCACACAACAAACGUCGUCGAGUGUCCAAUUUUAUCUCGAUUGUUCAUCUCAUUUGCCCUGGUUUCGUGUGGUCAACCAAAGUUCUAGGGGUAAAAUUACUAGAGCUUCGAGCAGAACCUGUUCUUCCACCAUUUGCAACAGUCGUUUAUUUUUCCCCGGAGCGGUUUAGCUUCAACCAAGAAUUAGCUGGAGUUCGUAAAGCGUGACGAGAUGCAACGAGCAAUCAUUUAUGGAGGUCGAGGAGGCUUGGGCACGGUCUUGGUGAGCCAUUUCAAGGCCAAAGGCUGGUGGAUCUGUUCGGUGGAUCUCCAACCAAAUGAGGAGGCCAACGAGAACGUCUUGGUGGAUCCCAAGUUAGAUUGGGUCCUUCAAGACGCCUUGGUCUUGACAGAAAUGGAGAAGAAGGUCGGGACCGAGAAAGUGGACGCGAUUAUCAACAUGGCUGGCGGUUGGGCCGGGGGUGCCGCAGAUAGCAAGGAUUUCAUCCCCAAUUGCGAUCUCAUGUGGAAACAAUCCGUUUGGAGCUCCACCAUCGCCGCUUCUCUUGCCUCCAAAUAUCUCAAAGCCGGUGGUCUUGUCCUUCUUCCCGGGGCCAAACCCGCUUUGGCUGGAACUCCAGGAAUGAUUGGUUAUGGAAUGGCCAAGGCAGCCGUCCAUCAAUUGGUCAAGUCUUUGGCUUGUGAAAAAUCCGGCCUGCCCGCCGAUUCCUGUACCCUGGCACUCCUCCCUAUCACGUUGGAUACGCCCAUGAACCGAAAAUGGAUGCCCAAGGCGGAUCACUCCACUUGGACCAGUUUGGACUACGUGGCCGAAUUAGCCCUCAAAUGGUCGACUGGAUUAGACCGGCCCUCUAGCGGGAGUCUGGUUCAACUUGUGACCGCGGGCGGAGCCACUUCCCUUAUUUGCGAAUAGAGGAAGGGCGCUCCAAUUUUUCUAUGCUUUCAAAACAUUAUCUCGGAAACACUGACCAAUGGCUUUGAUGUUUGAACUAAUCUUAAGGGUUAAAUCGAUGUUCUUGAUGUCUUAGCCUUAAGGAAAUAAAUCAAUACUAUUCCAUA